UCUGCUUAUUUUGCAGUAAAUGUAGUGCAAGGGGGAAAAUCCAUAGAAUGUGAGAGAAUCAAGCCGGCUGGUUCAUUUCCUUGCCAGUGACAGGUGAUAUUGCAUGAUACACACAAAAGGCAAUAGAAAUAAUAAAACAGCGGGGGCCAAUCAAUUUUUUGUUGCCAUCACUACAGCCAGAUUUGUUUACAUAUUUAAUAGAGGAUGGCAUUGUGGUAGCAGCGUGCCUGCCGACCUGCAAUAAUGGCAGUCAGGCCUACUGUGCGAUGACGCACGGCACCACUGCUUGUGAUCAAUCUGAGGACACAUGACACACUAGUCCAACUUUGAAUGCCCAGCAGGAACGGCAAGGUGAGCAGCCGGCCUCCAACAUGCGUUGCUUUAGAAAAAAGGCCAGCACCAUCAAUAGCCUCUCGCACAACAUUAGGUCUUGACAUUAAUGAAUGGAAAAAGACUGCAGGACAACAGUUACCCCUGCCUGCGCUUGCUAAUCGUCCAAGACUGUUAAAACGAGCAUACAGUACUUUAAGUAUUGGAGAUUUAAACGGCAUAACAACCGCAAAGACGGAAACAGGAACCGAUUCUCAAGUUCAACGGAGCGAAAAGGACAAGGAAAGGAAUCCAGAUAGACUAAGUCUCGAUAGGAUGGGAUUAGCAACUAUUCCAGCACUGACGGGCGAAGAGGGAGUGCGCCUUUUGUCAUUGCAACAUAAUCUCAUAACACGCCUUGAGGGUCUUUCUACUUUACCAAGACUGGUAUUUUUAGAUUUGUAUGACAACCAAAUCGAGAAACUGAUGGGAAUGAAAGAACUAUCAAACAUCAAGGUGCUUUUACUUGGUAAAAACAGAGUGAGGAAACUUGACGGGAUUGAACAGUUGCCUCGUUUAGAAGUACUCGAUUUGCAUGGAAAUCAAUUAACUUCUCUAUCUGGAUUGGGCCUGCUGGUGGACCUGAAAGUUUUGAAUGUUGCUGGCAACCAAUUGAGGGUUGUGUCAGAGAAUGACCUUCGAGGCCUUGUUGCCCUGGAGGAGCUCAACUUGCGGCGCAACAGGAUUCGCCGCGUGGAAGGCAUCGCACACGCACCACGGCUGGCAAAGCUCUUUUUGUCCAACAAUAACAUUCAAUCGUAUUAUUUAUUGCUGACUCUUCCGCAAAUAUUGGAAUUAGAAAAUAAAAUGUGUGUUCACAGCGUGGAGGAACUGAAUGGCGUGAGGCAGGCGAGCAAGUUGAAAGAAUUGAGUAUCGACGGCAAUCCUGUGAGCGAACACGCUGAAUGUGCGGCUGCGUUAGUGUCUUCUAUUUCUAGCCUUAAACUGCUCAAUGGAUCAGAAAUAACAAACGAAUUGAGGAAUGUGGCAUCGACAUGGCAACGUGCGCAUUUAUCAGACAAAAAACAGGCGAUUACAAAUGCUCGCAUGCACUGGGAGUUGCUGCGAUCUCAAACAAAGUCACUUAUCCAAAUUUGCGCGAUUCAGCGCCCAGCGGAGCCGCAACCAUUGCGCCCCAAGGAAGCAUUGCCACCAAGUUGCGGUGAACUUGCGCCCCUCAGACUGCCACCGAUUUGCCUGGGACUCGGCAGCAGCAACUCUAGUUCCACGAACAGCGAAACCUCGUCCUCGUCCACUAGCGGCUCGAUAAGAUGCGAGUCUGUCAUAAGCAACUCGGCCUCCUCCAGUGUCGAACCAAACGUCGACUCCUGCGCGAGCUCGCCGAGGUCUGAUUUUUGCACUGAAGAGGCUGUGGAGGAGGAACAAGAAAUCGAGGAACAGGGUGGCGAAGUGGAAGAAAAGAGUUUGGUCCAAAAGCAAAAUAACGAACCACCGCAACAGGAAACAACACAAAGACCUGUGACAGCUCAGCCAUGCCGCGCUUGGCAGCAAGUGCGAGGUGCAUUAAGAAGUGGACAGGUGUCUAAAAUAAGAAGUAGGACAGCGAAGCCUCAAGUACCACUAGUUGCUCAAAAAACACCCAUUAAAAAUAAAAUACAGACUAGUAAAAUUAAGGAGCAAGGUGGUGACUAUUUGGUGGAGAUCGAAGGAAAAUGCUUAAAUGUGUAUGGUCAAACGGCAAUUAAAUUUCUAGAUCGCCCGUGGAAUCCUCAAAAAGCUGUUGAAGUACAAACAGUGAAAUUCACAUACAUCAGUUUCAAUAGUGUGGCGACCCAGUUUCCAAAACUUAGGCAGAGAUUCCCCUCGGCCGAAAAAUUCGUAUUUAAGGAGUCAAAUAUUUAUUGCCUGGGGCAAUUAAAUGCUCUUGCUGAACUGCAAGGAAUUCAUUCAUUGAACAUUGAAGAAGAAGGCAACCCUAUUGUAUCCAAAGAAUGGCAAAAUUACGCGAUUUUUCGUCUUGCACACUGGGGUCUGACAAAUAUUAAUGGGCGCGAAAUCAGCAAACAACAGAUGGAAGAAGCAGAGCGGGAAUACAGCGGUCUGUGCAACACAGUUCUCCACUGCAUGCCUGGAAGUCUACUUCUUCCGCUUCUUGGAAGACUUUCACUCGAGUCUGGUCAGCAUUUGCCUCCGCCUUCCCCCUCUGCUGCGAAAGAAUGGUUAAUGAACACAGAGUGCACACUACAAAAAGUGGUUGCGAAAGAGGCCCUUCAAUGGCGUAGAGGAAUUCCAUCUCAGGAGGAGCUGGUGUGGCGGCAAAAAGGCCGAAUUCACCUGUCAGCACUGAUUGAGUCAGGCUAUGGAGCUGUGGGAAAGCUUAAAGUAUUGGACCAGACAUGGAAUGAAAUUUUGACUUCAGAAAUACAAGAUACACUUUUGGACUUUUCGCAAAUGGACAUGUACAUGAAGCAGUGCAUAUCAAAAUUGUCGAAAUAAAACUUUACUUGUUUGUUA